GCAAAUGACCCCCCACACACACAUACACACACACACACGCACACACACAUACUCUCACACCACCUGUCAGGAGACUCGGUCCACAUAACCACAGACGCCUGAGCCGGAGGACACACACAAACUGAGGGAAGUUUGCAACGCAACAAGUAUCACUGGGUCCGGUCUGUUCUGCUCUGAGUCCAGCUGCAAGGUAAACAGCACAUCUGAACAGUAUUCUGAACAUUGUGAACCUUCUGGCUGAACCGCAACCAUUGUGAGACAAGAAACUUUGAAAAACGAAGCACAAAAAGAAGCAGUGGUCAAAUCAAAUCAAUGAUGGUUUUGAAAAAGCUUCUGCGUUUCGGGAAACAGCUGCUGAGAGUGAAGGUUGUUGAUUGCAACUCGGAGGAAUCGCGACUCUCCCGAUGUCUGAACACCUUCGACCUGGUGGCUCUUGGUGUGGGCAGCACCUUGGGAGCUGGGGUGUAUGUCCUCGCUGGCGCCGUGGCCCGGGAAAAUGCUGGACCUGCCAUCGUGCUGUCGUUCCUCAUCGCAGCCCUGGCCUCAGUGCUCGCGGGCCUCUGUUAUGCAGAGUUUGGGGCGAGAGUGCCAAAAACCGGCUCAGCGUACCUGUACAGCUACGUGACUGUAGGGGAACUAUGGGCCUUUAUUACCGGCUGGAACCUUAUACUUUCAUACGUUAUAGGUACAUCAAGUGUCGCCAGAGCUUGGAGUGCCACGUUUGAUGAGCUGAUCGGAAAACAAAUUGAGCAUUUUUGUCGACAGUACAUGUCUAUGAAUGCUCCGGGGAUUCUGGCGGAGUACCCAGAUAUGUUUUCCGUAUUCAUCAUCCUCACUCUCACAGGCCUUCUGGCCUUCGGGGUGAAGGAGUCAGCCAUGGUCAACAAAGUGUUCACCUGCAUCAACAUCCUUGUGCUGUUGUUCAUGGUUGUAUCUGGACUGGUCAAAGGUACACUGAAGAACUGGCACCUGGACCCUGAUGAGAUUCUCAAUGGAACCAAUUCCACCAUUAAUGCCACUCAGCCCCUGCCGACGAAAGAGAUUCUGGGUGAAGGUGGGUUCAUGCCUUUUGGCUUCACGGGGGUCUUAUCAGGGGCCGCUACCUGCUUUUACGCCUUCGUUGGGUUCGACUGUAUCGCAACUACAGGUGAGGAGGUGAAGAACCCCCAGAGAGCCAUUCCCAUCGGCAUCGUCUCCUCCCUCCUUAUCUGUUUUGUAGCGUACUUUGGUGUGUCGGCCGCCCUCACCAUGAUGAUGCCGUAUUACAUGCUGGACAAGAACAGCCCACUUCCUGUGGCCUUUAAGUAUGUCGGCUGGGAAGGAGCCACGUACGCUGUGGCGGUAGGGUCCCUUUGCGCCCUGUCCACCAGCCUGCUUGGCGCCAUGUUCCCCAUGCCCCGUGUCAUCUGGGCCAUGGCUGACGAUGGCCUGCUCUUCAAAUUCAUGACUGGGAUCAACGAGAGAACAAAAACUCCCGUGCACGCCACAAUAACAGCAGGCUUCGUCGCAGCUGUCAUGGCUUUCCUGUUUGACCUGAAGGACCUGGUUGAUCUGAUGUCUAUAGGAACCCUUUUGGCCUACACUCUGGUCGCUGCCUGUGUUCUAGUACUCAGGUACCAGCCAGAGCAGUUUUCUCAAACAUAUCACAUAGCCAACACACAGGAAGAGAUUGAAAUGAGCGAGACCAUAAGUACGCCCAGCAUGGGGAUUCUUCCUGGCAUUGAAGAGCGUUUCAGCUUCAGAGCGCUGCUUUUCCCCGACAUCACCGAACCCUCCAACCUUUCAGGCUUCACCGUUAAUGUCUGCGCGAGUCUGCUUGGUCUGCUGAUCUUCAGCUUCAGUCUGAUGGCGGUCCUGGGCGGAAGUGCAAUGUGGAAUAUUGUCAUUCUCAGUGUCCUGUUCAGCGUGUGUGUCAUUGUCACGUUUAUCAUCUGGAGACAACCUGAGAGUAAAACCAAGCUCUCUUUUAAGGUUCCCCUACUUCCAUUCAUCCCGGUGGUCAGCAUGUUCGUCAACGUGUAUCUGAUGAUGCAGCUGGACAGGGGUACCUGGGUCCGAUUCGCCAUCUGGAUGUCUAUAGGACUCAUAAUCUACUUUGGCUAUGGAAUCUGGCACAGUACUGAAGCCACACUGGCCCAUUCCAGUAUGGACGAGGAGCUGAGUGUGUACAAACCCGCCUGCAGCCUAAACAGGGACAGCGUGACCCCGGAAAAGGAGGCUUUCCUCUGCAACGGAUCACGGGUUGAUGAGGACGGAGAUCUCUAAUAUGAAACAGUGUUACGUUAUUUAACUUUACAUGAAAGCACACCGCCGGGAGAUUGUGGGGAGCACAGGCCGUUGGAAUCCAAUCAGAUGCUCGGAGCUCUAUGACUCAUUUACCGAUGUCGCUUCCUUGUCAACAAGCUUAAGGGCUUUAAGCGCGCACUACAUGGGUGGAAGUGUUUGAGCAUUCAACUCGAGGGUUUCGUUUCCUACUUCAGAAAUCUCGAAGACACCAAAACAGGCACAGGACCUUUUACUGAGCGGUUGUAGAAUAAUACUAAUAAUAAUAAUAAUGAUAAUAAAAUAACUAUGUAGGCAUCUGUGAGCUGCAGUAUUUCACGUUGACGGCUGCUUUUGUUGAAUGAUCUAAUAGAACUUGUGCCUUUUUGUCUUUGCUAUCGCAAUCGAAACUAAUUCAGAGUCGCUUGAUCGAAAUAUUGGAUGUCAGUGUUUAGGGUUUUACUGUACUUAUCUGAACAUGCCUUUUGCAAAGGAAGUAAUCAAAUCACGCUUGGCUUUUCUGCUGAACUUGCAGCGUCUGAGGUCUCAUUUAGAAACCUUUUCUGGCUGGUUUGAACUGCCCGGAUCCAGAAUUUGUAGGUUUUUGCUGGUCCACCUGGAUCAGACCUACAGAUAGUACUGCCACCUGGUGGCGUGGUUGGGCACGGAUCGGGGUUAGUUGCUUUUUUUUCCUGUCACAGUGCUGGCUGCUGUGUCGUCUACGCAGAUGGAGUCUGCCUCGCUUGAUGUCGCAUAAGUAGGCUUUUUUUUAGCAUAUUUUCAGAGAAGUUGAUAAAUGGGGGUACGUUUGGGUCAUUGAAGGUGUGUGGGCGCGAACCGUUGCGAUACACCUUCGUGUUUAUGUCAGUCAAAAUAGUCGAAAUUAGUUUGGAGAUCGUUUCUAGGUACCAAAGAUUAGAAUAACAUAAGUAGAAUAAAAAAAAACGUUCCUUAUUCUCACCGAAGCUGCAUUAUUUAAUACAGCAAAAACACUUAAUAUUAUUACAAUGUAAAAUAACUGUUUCCAUUUGAAUAUUUUUUUCUGUAAGUAAUUCGUGGUAAAGCUGAAUUCUCAUCAGCUGCUAGUCUUCAGUGUCACGUG